GAAAAGAAAAGAAAAGAAGCAUUACGUACCCAAAUGGAAACACCGUCCAAGGUGGUGGCUGCAGUACUCAUGGUGGUGCUACUUAUCCACCUCAGACUCACCACGGCAAUGUGGUGCGUCGCGAGAAGUGACGCCUCACGAGAGGCCUUACAGACUGCUUUGGACUAUGCUUGUAGUGCUGGAGCAGAUUGUGCACCAUUGCAACAAAAUGGCCUUUGUUUUCUUCCAAACACGAUACAAGCACAUGCCUCGUAUGCUUUUAACAGCUACUAUAUGCGUAAAUCAAUGGCUCCUGGAUCUUGUGACUUUUCGGGCACUGCCACCAUUGCCAAAACUGAUCCCAGUUAUGGAUCUUGUGUUUAUCCACCGUCUCCAAGCACUGCAGGAGGGACGACGCCAAUCACAACUCCGACUUCUGGAACUAUUACAGCACCACCAUUGGGAGGAGGAGGAGUAGGGCUUACGCCGCUUGGAACUGGUAAUGGUAAUGUACCUACAUUAGACACCCCCCCAGAUUCUAAAGCUUUCCGGGGACCUCACCUUUCAAGAAUCUUACAUCUGUUAUUGUUCAUCUUUCAACUUUUAAAGAUUUUGUCUUCAUAGAUUGCUUUUAGAAUGUAGAGGUUAGAUGAUUUUUUAGUACACUUUUUCUUAGCACCAUUUGGU